ACCAGCUCACUGUAGAGGAAUGUAGCUAAGCUGUGAGGAUUGACUUGACGUGACCAGGAGAACACACUGAGGGACUUCUGCUUCCUCAUCACUAAAUUUACUGUGCUUUAUUCUUGGAAGGCCACGUUGCCUCAGGUUUCCAUGGACUUGCUGCAGGACUCUAGUCACACCAUGCUGGGACUGAAUGCCCGCUUGAAGGGCUUCCUGGAGCAGGUGAACAGGCUGCAGGAAGCCAACCGGCGGCUAGAGGCCCAAAUAGCCGAAUGGGGCAUCAGGAGCAGCUCACGCUCUCAGGACUGGUCCCAACAGGAGCAGACUGUGAAGGAUCUCCGUGCUCAGGUUGGUAAGCUACUGAUGGAGAAUGCCCAGCUGGCAUUACAGUCUGACAGCAUGAAGUCCAGAGCUGCUGCUAUCCAGGCCAGGUGUGAGACAGAGGAGCAGAACACCUGGCGCCUGGAGCAACAGGUGGCGAUGCUCAGGGAGACAAAGAGGAAGGCGGAGCAGAGCAGCGUGACACUGCAGACAAACCUUCGCCGUUCUAUGACAGAGCUGCAGGAGAUAAACCAGGAGUUUCAGGUCACUAAAUUGUCUUUUCCUCCGUACAAACACACUUCCACAUACACACACACACGC